UCUGAUCACCAGCUGACUCAUCUAUCUUCACUAUGAUGGAAAAGUGGUUGUCCAAAAUAACCCCUUUGUUAUGCUGCUAAAACUGCCUUUAAAUCCAAGAUCUGUGUUGAUUUUAAAAAAACAAAACCAAAAAUGUCAGAACCUGACCCUUCAUCUGGAUUUUUAGGAAACAUGGAAAAUGGGACUUUUCUGGAGCUGUAUCCCACAUCCCUUUCAACUUCGGUGGAUUCAUCUUCAGAACGUUUAUCCAAUGUCUACGUAUAUGUUUCUAUAUUCCUUAGUCUCUUAGCUUUUCUGCUUUUGCUAUUGAUCAUUGCACUUCAGAGGCUUAAAAACAUAAUUUCUUCCAGUUCCUCCUACCCAGAAUAUAAUAGUGAUGCUGGAAGUUCUUUCACUAAUUUAGAAGUCUGUAGCAUUUCUUCCCAAAGAUCUGCUUUCUCAAACCUUUCUUCCUGAAAAAUCCAGGAGAGGGAGGACACAGAGAAUG